CCCUUGACUCGUUAUGUUAUCAGAUGUAUGCAGUUGAUACAUUGAAUUAAUGAAUGACUUAGCCUUCUGUUUUUAUUUAAUACAUUGUAUAAUUCUGUUUGACAAAACAUGGAGGUUACAGGAAAGAGGGCAAUGAACAUAUUUUCUUGCAAACCAUGUGAAGAAAGUGAUGUGUUGACUCAAACGAAUGGAUUUUGUACGGACUGUGAAGAAUAUAUGUGUUCCAGUUGUUUUAAUGCACACAAAAAGUAUAAGCUUAAUCGAGAUCACACUUUAAUUGACUGUAAUGAUGAAACAACACGGAGAGAAAGUUCAAGUGUAUUUGAGAAAUGCGAGCAACACUCAAACGAAGCAGUAAAGUUUUACUGUGUACAGCACAAGCUAGUUGGUUGCGGAGAUUGUAUGAUCAUAGGUCAUAGGUCAUGUAAGGUCGAUUAUAUUCUUGAUAAGGCUGAAGAAAUUAAAGGCACAGCAGAGUUCAAGUCUUUAACCAAAGAACCGGGAAUAUGCAAGGUUGAAGCUGAACAAGUGCUUUCCUCACUUAAGAACAAUAAAGUUCAAAUUGAUGAUAUCAAUGAAAGGUUCAAACAGCAAGUUAAUAUGUUCCGGGAAGAGAUCAUUUUAAAAGUGAACAACUUAUCAGAUCGUAUGCUUAAGGAAGGCGAAAGCAUUAAGGCUAAAGAUAAAUUGAGCAUGACAAAGUUAUCAGACGAAACUGAAAGUUUGAUUAAUGAUCUCAAUGAUAUGUCUGAUUUAUUCAAGGCAAAGGCUGGGAGUCCAAGUCAGUUCUGUGUGUGUUUAGUAUCAAAGAAACCUAAACUGGAUUAUCUGAGGAAACAGAUUGAUGACAUCAGAAGUAGAAACAUUAUCGACAGUUACGAGCUCAAAAGAGAUACCAAGUUAUCUCACAUAUUGGCAAGCAUAGGCCAACUUGGGAAACUUCAGAAAGACAAGGAGAAGCAUGUAAAAGAUGAAGAAGAGAUUAAAGAAGAUCAAGUGCUAAAAUCGAGGAAGUCAUUGGAUCUUUCAGCAAGUAAGCGGGCUGAGCCACAACCGUUGCUUGACAGGCAAUUGAUGUGUAGAAAUAUUAAAGUCGAAGGGGAAUAUCUCAGUUAUUUGGACAAUGGAGAUGGACUGUAUGUUGACAAAAAUGAAAUGAGGAUUGGAAGCUACUUCGAAGUUGAGAUAAUAAGUUUAGGCCAGCGUAGAACAAUUGCUACAGGUUUUGUAUCAAUCAAUUACCUAGAUAAUAUGCAGCUAGGAUGGAGUUUAAAUGCAGCAGACAAUAACCUGUAAGACUUUUGAUCUCAUUGUAACUGUUUAGGGAUUAUAAAAUAAACGAAUGUAAAUUCAUGAAUGAAUAUGUGAUAUUACCUGAUUUUAAUGCGUCUUUAUCCCUGUAUACUUGGGGACAUAUACUUGUGGAAGAACAUCUAUUUACAAUUUUAGCAUAUAUUAACACACAAUGCUCCAUUGGAAGACAUUUACUGUACAUUAAUGUAAUAUAAUCAGUGCCAUAGCUCCCUUUUUUGUUGAAAUACUAUGAUGUUUUCAUUAUGAUGUAUUUCCCGAAUAGCCGAUCAAAGUUUUAUAACUUCUGACCCCAACCACCUCCUAAAAUUCUCGUUUUAUUUGAGUCCGCCGUUUUCUCAUUUAGUGCUCACACAUUCCUUUACUUGAGGACCAUAUGACGCUUUUACGAAAUGCAAAAGAAUGAAGUUAAUUUGCCACUACCGUCCGUAAACAGGUUUAAUCGAAAGAGAGCCAGAAACAUUUACAAAAUUUGUACAGUUUUUCGCGAUUUUUUUCUAUUCCAUAUUUAAUAGAUGUUUUGAAAAAUAGAAGUGAUGAUAUUGUUUGUGUUGUUGCAUCUUUCAGUAUUUUUCAUAAACUUGACCAGGAUAUAAAGUUUGUCGUUGGUGACAGGAUUGGCUGCUUUUUACUUGCAUCCGCGCCGAGACUUCGAGGAAAAACUUAUCACAGUAGGACUACUUUUCUAAAAGCUGUUUUUACCAGGAACGGCAAAAAGGUUGGAGAAAAGGAACUUCGAUUAAAUCAGUAUGUACAGCUAUAUGCUGCAGUUAGAAUGCAUUCAUCCGGAGAAAAGGUCAAAGUUAUACUGGAUGCAAAGUACCAUGAUUGAGAAUGAGAAUAAGAAGC